UCUUUCGGGAAGUUUCCCGGAAGCUUCUUCGAUGACUCAAGGUGUUGACUAUAUUGACUCGAGGGAUAUUUGAAGACCAGUUCCUUCUUCCUUAUUCCCAUGACGCCAGAAACUGAGAGACCUUAUCAUUUUGACAGCCCACGCUCAGAUCCAAGCACACCCAAAGCAAACUUCCCUGAGAGUAAGAAAGGAUUUGAUAUCCGCGGUGUUUACAGAUCCUACAAUGGAGAGAGGGACGAAUUCACGGGCAUCCAUCGGACCUCCAUACGAGGUUUUUCUCAAUUUCCAAGGAUCGGACACCCGCCAUGAAUUCACCGAUUUUCUUUACCAUGGCAUGGUUGAUGCCGGGAUUCAUGUCUUUAGGGACUCAGAAUCCCUCCAUGUUGGUAAUAAAAUCGGUGAUGAGCUUCUACAAGCAAUAGAACAGUCCAAGAUCUACAUCCCCAUAUUUUCCAGGAAAUAUGCUUCAAGCCGGUGGUGCCUCCGGGAGCUCGCACACAUGUUCGAGAGCACCUUGAGAUCAAAUGAGAACAAAGAGAUUCUGCCUAUUUUCUUGAAUGUGGAACCUCUUGAUGUCAAGCUCAGAACAAACUUAUAUAGAGAAGCCCUUUCUAGGCACCAGGAAAAGUUCGCCACUGAAGUAGAGUCAUGGGAAAACGCUCUCAAUGAGGUGGGUGAGAUGAAGGGAUGGAAUUGGAAGAAAGGUGAAAGCCAAGUACAUCUACUACGGUCUGUAAUUCAAACUGUAUUGGCCAAGCUGAAUGCCGGAUGUAAAAAGAAUGUAACUGAAGAUCUAGUUGGAGUUGAUGAUCGUGUAGAAGCUAUAAUCAGAUUGUUGGAUGUGGAAUCAAAUGGUGUCCAGUUUCUCGGAAUCUAUGGAAUGGGCGGGGUUGGAAAAACAACACUUGCAAAGAUUGUCUUCAACCAACUGUCUUCUCACUUCCAAUGUUGCAAUUUUCUUUCGGAUGUUCGAGAGUCAUCAGAACGACAUGGUUUGGUAUAUUUGCAAGAAAAGUUGUUAUCCAAGUUCCUUGACUCUGGUUGUGUCAACCAAAUUCAUGACGUGGACGAUGGGAUCAACAUGAUUAAGAGACUACUUUGCAAUAGAAAAGUUCUCAUCGUUCUUGACGAUGUAGACGAGAAAAAGCAACUCAAAAGUCUAGCAGGAAAAGGUAACUGGUUCGGUUAUGGUAGUAGGAUUAUCAUAACUACUAGGGACCAAAGUGUCCUAAUGAUCGAGGGAGAAGCAACAAGUGAAGGCCUUGCAACAAAGCCUGCAAAUGUUUCCACUUACGAAGUAGAGGAAAUGAAAUUUGAUCAUGCUCUUAAACUUUUUAGUAGGCAUGCCUUUAGAAGAGACUCACCACUAGAGAAUUAUAUCUCCCUUUCAGAAGACAUGGUCUCUACUCUAGGAAAGCUCCCUUUAGCUCUUGAAGUUACCGGUUCAUCCCUUUCCGGUAAAUCCGAAGCAUUUUGGGCAGACACUUUGAAGAAGCUAGAAAAAGCUCCUCCCAUGGAAAUCCAAAAAACAUUAAAGAUAACUUAUGAAAGGCUAGAUGAUGCACAAAGGCAAAUAUUUCUUGAUAUAGCUUGUUUUUUUGUUGGUAAGGACAAAACCUACCCUUUCUACAUGUGGGAUGACUGUGAAUACUGCCCACACAAUGCCAUUGAAGUCCUCUCUCUCAUGUCCUUGAUAAAAAUCAAAGAUGACGAUACUUUUUGGAUGCAUGACCAAGUGCGAGACCUCGGAAGGGAAAUUGUCCGUCAAGAGAAUCUCAAAGAUCCCUGCGAGCGUAGCAGAGUGUGGAAUCAUGAGGAAGCUUGGAGCAUUCUAAAGGGUAAAGAGGGGAGUACCAAAAUUAAAGCACUGUCACUUGGACAUCGUGAAGGCAUUCUAACGGGUGACGAGGUUGCUAAUCUACAGAAGCUGAGGUUCUUUCACGGAGAAAGUGUGUCCCUUGCUGGAGACUUCAAUCGUCUUUUCCCCAGUUUGACAUGGCUUUCUUGCCGUGAUUUCUCUCUUGAGUUUGAGGCGAAAAACUUUCAUCCGACUAAUUUAGCCGUUCUCGACCUUUCAUGCAGCGAUAUUUCGGAGGAAAGGAUUGAUUGGAUCAGAGCAGCAAGGAAACUCAAAGUCCUAGAUCUCAGCCACUACAACAACUUAACAAGAACACCUGAUUUAUCUACAUGGGUGUUCUUGGAGAGAUUGAUUCUUCGACGCUGUAGCCAGUUAAUUGAAAUUGGCCCAUCCAUUGGGAAAUUACAGUCAUUAGUCGAGUUGGAUUUGUCAUGGACAAGUAUUGAUCACCUACCUGACUCAAUUGGCAAUCUGAAACAACUAAAAGUACUGAGGCUGAGUAGGAUGGGAUGGAUGACAAAAUUAUCAAGUGCCAUUGGGGGAUUGGAGAAGCUCAAAGAGCUAGACUUGUCAUUCACAGAUAUAUCGGAACUACCCACCAUGGUGAGUCGCCUCUCUAAUCUCCAAACACUUAAUCUAGAAGAAUGUCGUAUGCUUAAACAGUUGCCGGAGCUUCCCCCAAGUUUGACUUGUCUAAGAUGGACCACCGAAACGGCAAUUGGUUCCUACGAGUCGGAGAAUCACACUACUCUUCCCACUAGCAUUGAUUUCCUAGCAUUUUAUUUUGAAAAGGUGCAAUUCCUCCCCCAACUCUCGUCUAGUUUAAGAGAGUUACAAUUCAGAAAUCUGGUGACCUCGCGAUCACUCGAUUUUUCCAAUUUGAAAAACUUAUCCGUUAUUCGUUCGAGGGCAAAAUUACAUACUAUAUUUUCUUUGGGGUCGGAAGUGCUCCGUAUGGAGUUUUGCAUAAUCAGAAAACUGGACGCACUGCUUCAGUUGGAAAUGGAAAGAUUGAGAAAGCUAGAGAUGCGUUUGUGUGAUUUCCUCCCAGAAGUACUUGAUCUGUCGCACAUGAAAAAUCUGCAAGAGAUAUGCCUGUUUGUAUGCAAAACGUUAGUCGAGAUUCGCGGCCUUGAAGAAUUGGGAGCCCUUUGCUCCCUGUUGAUCGAGGGUUGCUGGUCCAUGGAAAGGAUGUCGGACCUAUCGAGCUUUACAAAGCUAAGGAAGCUCAUAGUGCGACACUGUCCAAAGCUAAGAAGCGUCAAAGGUCUAAACUGCUUGGAAUCUCUGAAGGAGUUGUCGAUUUUCAAUGCUGGAGAGUUCGGGGUGGACACCUCAAACUUGAAUAUAGAACAUUCUUGGUGA